AUGCUGCAAACAUUGCUGUUCAUCUUGACCGUCGUUCAAAUGACAGACUGUUUUGACCCUGACGAUCCGACUGAUAUCUAUUCAAUCAGAGUAAAAGAAAACUUCACUGGAGAGGCCGGGUUGUGCAUCAGAGUGCACUGUUUUUUCACUGUCCCUCAAAGUGUCUCAGCUCCCAUUAGGAGAACAUGGUUCAAAGGAGAUCAAAAAAACUCAACUGUUGAAGUCCCUUUUGUUGACAUGAGUAACGAUUAUUUGAGCAAUGGCAAUCUGAAAGAGUGCAGCUUUCCUAAAAACUUGGUUCAGGGCGAAUCUGAUGGUGAAUACAGAUUAAAACUGGAAUGGGAACAAGGCAAAGUUAUUAUCUUUCCUCACACAUUACUGUAAAAGGUUGGUUAACUCACCCAGAAGCCAACAAUAAAGGUCCCACCACUCACAGAGGGACAUAAAGCUGAGAUAUCCUGCAAAGUUCCAGGGGAUUGCGUAAAUCCCACAACAAAUAUUGUAUGGGAAGGGACUGAGCCUGAUGGAGUUGAAAGUACAGUUGUUAGUGUCACUGGCCGGGAUAAUGAGUUUUCAAUAUUGACUUUGCAUCCUGAGCUUGAACAUCACAAUACUAACCUCACCUGCAGAGUCAUUUUUCAAGAAAACAUCCAGACUGAAAGUAUUGUCACCCUCAGAGUAAGACAUGCCCCAACAAUCCUGAACAGCACCCGUUGUGUUGUGUGGGGUGAUGAACUGAGCUGCAUGUGUAUCAGCAGUGGAGUACCGCUACCCCAUAUAUACUGGCCAACACUGGGUGGUCCUACUGAAAAUUACAGUGCUGUUGCAGAAGAGAACAUCAUAAGCAUCAUCACCAUUUCUAUUGCUAGUUUGGGGAACCUCAGUGCUACCAUUUGUGUUAGUGAGAAUACCAUUGGACUGACAAUAAUGGAAAUCCAAGUGCACAGUCCUGCUGAAGAACCCAAAGUAUUCUUCUCCCUUUCAGUGAUUCUAAAUAUCAUAUUUGCAUCCUGUUUGAUUGCUGCCCUAUGAGAAAAACAAAAGAUAAAACCAAAAGAUGAUGACCAUGUCUACAUGACUGCAAUGAAAAGAAAGGAAUCGGUGUACGAGACUAUCAAAAUGACUUCAGAGAGAUUUUAG